AGGGACAAUCAAUGCACAGAUGUUGGCACAACGGCAGAGAGAACUCCUCAACAACCACCUGCGCCAACGCCAGCUUGGAGCAUCAGAGACAGCAGCAGCAGCAGAGAACUUAUGGUAUGUCCCAGCAGCCUCACGGAGGGUUUGGGGGUCAGGCCACGCCCCAGAGUCCCCUGUUAUCCCCCAGGAUGGCCCACGCCCAAUCCCCCAUGAUGCAGCAGCAGGGCAACGCCAAUUUCCAGGCGUCGCCUGACCUAAACGGUUGGCCGCCCCAGGGGAACAUGGCAGGAAACAGUAUGUUCAGUACUCAGCAGUCUCCGCCCCAGUUCACCCAGCUGCAGCAGACCAAUGGGGGCGCGGCCAUGUACAACGGCAACGGAAUGAACCUCAACGUCUCCAUGGCUACCAACGCCAGCGGCAUGGCCCCCGUGGGUCAGAUGACCGGACAGAUGAUCACCUCGCCUGGAAUGACCUCAAUGGGACAGGAACAGGUAAGGUACACAGACAAAGUCAUUCAUAGACAGUUAUAACCGUUCAUAAGCGUACAUAGGGACAGGUGAGCCUCACCUCGCCUUGGGAUGACCUCAAUGGGACAGGAACAGGUAAGGUACACAGACAAAGUCAUUCAUAGACAGUUAUAACCGUUCAUAAGCGUACAUAGGGACAGGUGACCUCAAUGGGACAGGAACAGGUAAGGUACACAGACAAAGUCAUUCAUAGACAGUUAUAACCGUUCAUAAGCGUACAUAGGGACAGGUGAGCCUCACCUCGCCUUGGGAUGACCUCAAUGGGACAGGAACAGGUAAGGUACACAGACAAAGUCAUUCAUAGACAGUUAUAACCGUUCCUAAGCGUACAUAGGGACAGGUGAGCCUCACCUCGCCUUGGGAUGACCUCAAUGGGACAGGAACAG